UUAUGACUCCGGCCAGAAGAUGUUGCUUUUGUCUUUCACUUCAAUUAGGAUGCAUUGUGAUAUUCUUAUUUGGAUUAUUUUUUUCGGUUGUGCAUAUUGACUACGUUUAUUCACUGAUAAAUAGUAAUUAUAUUUCAUUUUCUUCCCAUUUUCCAGGGAAAGUAAUAUUAAGCUUUUUGCAAAUGACUCCAUAUCUUUUGAGCUUCGUAUCUGCUUUUUUACUAUUUUUUUCCAUUCUAUCGCAAUAUUCUUGCCUGUUUUGGACUACGCUUGUCUUUCAAGCCAUCGAUGCUCUCUACCUUUUAAUUUUUAGCAUUAUUACAUCAUCAAUGGGCUUAAAUAUAAUAAUAAAUGAAGACAUGACGCAUAAUAUCCUCUAUUGGGCUUAUGUAAUCUUAUGGAUAGUUUUAACAGCAUACUUUAUGUAUAUUACUUAUUCCUAUUAUCGAAAACUCAAGGCACAACAAGAUGAACGUGAUGCAGUCUGAGUCUAAUAAUGGAUCGCUAAAGCAUCAAAACAUCGUAAGGCUCCACAACUUUAAAACUGAAAACUUGAAACGCCCUGCUUGGGAAAAUCUAAGGA